GUUUACAGAGCUGUGAGACCAAGACUCUCCACAGCUGACACUUCUGACUCUGAAAAGUUUCAUCACGAUCCCAGCGGGCUAUACUUAAAGACCAGGAUAAGAGAUGACUAAAGGCCUAGAAUGAAGUUUGCUUCCUUAGGAUUAUGCUCACCCCAAAAUGACUUGCCUAGGUGAGGGAUGCGUGGAGAAGGAAGAUAAUAGGAGACUCAAACAGCUGCUGGGUGACGAGCUGAAAGUGGGGAAAUGGAAAGCAAGGACAGUGAAAGAAACGUUUCCGGGAGACGGUAAAACACAGCUUCAGACAAUACUGUGUCGCAGCUGAAAACUGGUAGUCACUUGCCAAGAGUAGAUGGACAUGGCGCACUGCUAUCCAGAAAGAUAUGGCUGCCUUUGAGCAGAAGCUUUGUGAUUGUGAGACAAGGAGACAAAAGCCUAAAGAGCACCAGUGUUGCAAAGAACAAUGAGAGCAGCACAAGGGACGUUCUCUGUGUGAGCACGGUGCGAUCGAACCGUGGACGGAUCCCACGUCAGCCUUUUCAGCCUCAUCUGCCCCGUAGGUGAAUUUCACUUUGUGCCAUCGUCUUUGAGCACGAAGGACAACUGUAUUUAUUGAACAGAGGUGGUCAACAGGGUCCACGACCACUUAGAAGUAAUUCCAAGCUCUAUAGGCAUUAUGGUUAACAGUGAGGAUCUCUGGAGGCCUAGCAAGAAGCCUCAGCAGUCACAGGGGCAAGUGAUGAGAGUACCUUGCCGUUGGCAUACGGAAACUGUUUUCUUUUGUCGUCCGCUGUUGCUGCUUUGGCUGCUCUCAGCUCUGCCAGAAAGACCGUUCAACUAAGUGCCUGCCCCAGUCCCAGUUUCCUUCAUGGAAUCCAACUCUUUCAUGAAAAUUGGUGGUGAAGAUAUAAAGACCUUGGGCUUUUCUCCAGGCAUCCUCAGGUGACCUUGCGCCUCUGAUAGAUGCACACUAACAAAUCCAAGGGCAUACAAGAAAGAGAUUAAUGGUGGCCAGAGCCCCGAUGUCUGAAAUGCUGAAGAGGAAGCUUCGUCACUGUCACUUUAAACACUUUUUCCUGGUCCUCCUGGCGUUUACUCUAGUGACCUUCUUCUCGGUUCGAAAGAUUCACCAAAAGAUCAGCUUUUUAAACCAAAAACAUUUGGAGUUCAGAGGAGAUGGUCCUAACAACAAUAUCAAUUGCAGCAAAAUUUUACAGGGCGAUGAAGAUGAAAUCCUGAAAGCAAAGCUUGAAAUGCUCACAGUGAGAUUCAGAAAUCGCCCUCGGUGGACUACAUCCGACUACAUAAAUAUGACCAAAGAUUGCGCCUUUUUCACCAAGAAGCGCAAGUAUAUUCUGGAACCCCUUAGUAAGGAAGAGGCAGAGUUUCCGGUUGCCUAUUCCAUAGUGGUUUACCAUAAAAUUGAAAUGCUUGACCGACUCCUAAGGUCCAUCUACGCCCCCCAGAAUUAUUACUGCAUCCAUGUUGACAAAAAAUCUCCCGAAUCCUUUUUAGCUGCAGUGAAGGGAAUUGCAUCUUGCUUCGACAAUGUCUUCAUUGCAAGUCAACUGGAGAGUGUCGUGUACGCGUCGUGGAGCAGAGUGCAGGCAGACCUCAACUGCAUGAAAGAUCUCUACAGAAAGAGUACAAACUGGAAAUAUUUGAUCAAUCUCUGUGGCAUGGAUUUCCCCAUGAAGACCAACCUGGAAAUUGUAGAGAAGUUAAAGUCCUUAAGGGGUGAAAACAGCUUAGAAACAGAGAAAAUGCCUUUGAACAAGGAAGUCAGGUGGAAGAAGCAUUAUGAGAUUGUCGAUGGCAAACUGAAGAACAUGGGACGCGACAAACAGCCCCCACCUCUCGGUACGCCUAUCUUUUCUGGCAGCGCCUAUUUUGUGGUCAGCAGAAGAUACGUAGAGUUUGUGCUGGAGAGUAGCAAAGUACUUAAGCUCAUCGCGUGGGCUAAAGAUACCUACAGCCCUGAUGAAUACUUGUGGGCCACCAUUCAAAGAAUCCCCGAAGUUCCUGGGGCGCUUUCUUCCAGCAAUAAGUAUGACGUUUCGGAUAUGCACGCGGUCGCCAGGUUUGUGAAGUGGCAUUACUUUGAAGGAGAUGUUUCCAAGGGGGCUCCGUAUCCACCAUGCCAGGGGAUUCACGUCCGCUCUGUGUGCGUGUUUGGAGUGGGAGACUUGAGCUGGAUGUUACGGAAACACCACUUCUUUGCCAACAAGUUUGAUACUGACGUUGACUCCUAUGCAGUCCAGUGCCUAGAGGAGUACGUGAGACAUAAAGCUCUGAAUCUGCCCAAACAGUAACGUGCUAUCUUGUGCUUGGUACAUAGCUUGAACAGGAUAAGGCUGCCAAAAAGAAAUAAAUGAAAUAACAAGGAUGGGCAAAAAUGUUCACUACUUCACUCUCAGCUCCGGCGUGAGCCUCAGAAAGACAGUCUAGGGAGGGACGUGCUGGUAUUCAUCUGAGUAACUUCCAACACAUUCAUUUGGAAGAGAAACACCUCCAAAAUAUAAGUGGUAUCCCCAAAAUAUCAAACUUGUGAAAAGUCCAGGUCUUGCCUCUACGAGAAACCAGAAAAUAACUCUCUGCUAUCUCCCAGUUCCUUUUGAAGGAUUUGGAUGAGAGCCAGUGGAGUAAACCUAGGUUCUGUUCAUCUGUGUGUGUUUGCCUGUUUUUUCCAAGAGUCUCUGAUAAUACAACUCUGCUGUUGCAGGAGAGGGAAGAGGGGACGCUGCAGGUGGCAAUUGUCAGGGCAAGUAGCUAGAUGAGCAGAGCUUAAGUUCAUUACCUUCUAAAUGAGCUCAGGGACUUUUUAAUCAGCAGAGCUUUAAACACAAGGGGAUUUGGUCAUUGUCAAAACUCUAAGGAGAACUUUGGAAUGUAAAUUUAAAAGUAACAAACCAAUUGGGAGGAUAAUGUGGCUCUUCCCGAAAUAAAUCGGUGUGCCUAUUUGAUUUGAUGCAAAUACGUUAAAUUCUAAAUGAACCUUGGAAAAUGUGAUUUCAUUUCUGUUAACACCGUGUAUGUUUUUCUUC